GUAAUGAAUAAACAAACAUUUCAAUGGAGAAUGAUGUGUUUAUACAAAUAUAUAUCUACAAACUACAAUGAAUAAUUUCAUUCUCUUAUGGCAUAUGGUGCUAUAAACAAACACACUUACCACGCUUGAUCCUACAACACAUGAACCAUGGCUUCUUCAACCCACUCUUACUUCACCACUUUAGCACUAACCCUAAUCUUGAUCUUUCGUCUCAUACCAGAAACCACCGCAUCACGCCAUCUGAAUGGAAAGAAUCCGGCGGUAAUUGGAGUUACCACUACUAGCGAGAAAUACAUUGUUCCUACGCCGUUACCACCGUUUUUACGACCCUUUUUCCCACCGUUACAGUUUGCCGCUGCACCGUUCGGAGGGAAUAUCCCACAACCACCGUUACCUUCACCACCUCCAACAUUUCUACCGUGUCUCCCAGGUUUCAAGUUUCCUCCCUUUCAGUCCCGAAAGCCUACGCCGCCGUAAUCGUAUAUACGUUGACGGCAUCAAGUCUAAAACUGUAAUGAAAUAUUAAACUAUCUACUUUAAUGUAUUAUCUAUCUCUAUAUAUCACCGUUGAUCAUCUAUAAAUAAUUGAUGGUAAUAUCAUGGUAUGAAACUGUAAUAAAGAUCACUGGUGUAGUAAUUAAUAAAUUGAAUAAAUACUAUGUUAGAUAUCUAUUAGUUUUCCAUUGUUUCGAAAAGAGAUAUCUUACGUUUUG